AUGGCUAGAUAUGAUAUCUCUGCUCUUAUGGGCAUGCGCUCCAAUGCACGGAUCGAUGUCAACAGAUUCAGUGAGGUUGGCAGCAACUUGCUCCGCCAACAUAGUACGAGCGUGUUGUCCGAACAAUCCAUCAACCGGUCAAGGAACGUGUCGAAUUUCUCGCGUCAGAGUGAAAGAACAACUGCACCCCCCGAGCCUCCUUUGAGAUCUACCUCACGUCAGCCAAGUGAUCCACCGUGCAGCCAUCGUGUACAGAACAACUCCGGUUUCGCGCAGUUUCUCAAGGAACACACAUCCCCAAAGCAUCAACGCGUCACAGCCGGGGGUCGAAUCGUUCCGAUGGAGGCACCCCCAAAGAUGAAGCUGCCUACGUACCAGCAGCAGCAGAAAGUCGGCGACGACAGGAAACGCUCGGUUGUAUCUGCAACAGAGAAUCAAAAUAAUCUCGAGCAGCAAACUCUACCUACCAGGGACACGGCUAAUGGCACCGGAACUUCCAAACAUGGUUCCCAGUCUGCUGGUGUACCUGUGAAUUGCAUCUUUCCCCCAUAUGGGAGCUUUGAUCCGUACCUGCAGACUUUGGGACAAACGCCAAAUCUUCUCUCUGCUGCAGGGCCCUCAGGAUUGCUCCCUUCGCUCGCUAUGCCAUGGCCGACCGAUACCCAACAGCUUCUGGAACCUGAGAUACAGGCCCCGGAGUAUCAUAUACCUGCUGCGCCGGAGUUCCCGAUGUUGAACUAUGCAAACCCAUGUAUUUGGCAGCCGACUCUGUAUGAUGUUCUGAGCAGCCCCAAUCCAUUACCCACUUUUGCUCCCUCAAUCCAGCCGCAUCCGACAAUUUCAACGGCGUCAGACUUUUCGGCGGGCAGCAUGGCUAGUAGUGGAGGUGCUACGCCUUUAAUGAGCCCAUUUUACUCAGGAUAUGGCAUGUCCUGUACGCCUACAGCAGUUCAUUGGUAUCAGCUCAUCAACGGGCAAGCGGGAAUGCAGCCUCAGCAAGUUACACCUGCCGUGAUGCCGACUCCCCUGUACCAGAAGUCCCUCGAUGAUGCCACCAAAGAGCACGACAACCUAUCGGCUCAACUUGCACGCUUAGACAGAUACAUGGCGAUGCACACCUGGGAUCUAGACCCUCAGACUAAGAAGCUGUUGGUCGAGCAACGUGUCGGUCUGGUGAAAGAAUUGGAUACAGUCCGCAUUUACAGAGAACAUCUUGAAUAUGCCUCUGCAAAGAUCAGAAUGAACACGUUGGGCAGCCAUGCUGGCAUGUCCGAAUCAGCACCUCCUACUGGAAUGUAUCUUGCUGGCAAUGCUGCGAUUCAACCAGCUUCAUUCGGACAAGCCAUAUGCACUUCCAGCUCAGAUAGUACGAUCCCAGCGUUCGCUAUGCCGUCCCUGGCAACAGCAUUUCCACCACAGUUGUCCAGUCACGAGACAGGGAGUUCAACACCAAUGGCAUUGAUGCCAUGGCAAGGGUCGACUGAUUAUUUUGGUCAUCUUCCAGGAUCGGUGCUGCAAGAGACAAAUACGAGCAACAAAGCACACACCCAGUCACAGAGACUGAAACCGAAGAGGCCAAUCUCUAUCAAGGUACCGCCCGCGAACCCUAAGAAUGAUACUACAUCCGACAACAAAGCACAAGGUGCGAAAGCCAAUGAGACUCCUUGGACAUCAUGUACCAAGGAUCUGCCUCUAGAGGUUCUGCAGGUAUAUCGUCAGACGGGAAAGAUCGCCCGGCAAGGUGACACCCUUGACGUUCUGCUUCAGGACUUGAAAUUAGCUGCCGAGCAGUCCAUCAAGCAGACCUCCGGUGGGUACUACCCACCAAGCUCGUCGGCUGCCAAUGCCAUUGGGGACCAGAGAGUGACGACUCAAAUGAGUGAGAAAGCUGGUGCUUUCAAAUCCAAGUCCGCUGAUUUCUCAGGGCCAGACUACUUGAGGCAGCGCUCUAGCCGGGACUCCCGCAAGUAUCGCAAUCGGCCUCGGAGCCAUGAAGACGUGGAGAAGAGUCAUUUUGUUGCUGUGGAGGAAGAAGAUGCCCGCUCCAUGCUUUCCUAUGUCUCGACCACAGACUCGUGGGCCACUGUGCAUGAAAAAGAGAGCGCCGGUUCUGCGAAGCGUCCUACGACCCCGUUCUUCGAGAUUCCCAACUCCGUGACCCAGCUCGCCCUUAUGUCCGGCUCUGGUGGUAUAGGCAAUCCCAGGACGGCGCACAGACGGAGCGGCCCUGCCCUUGCAGACGACCCUCUACAGUCUAGACAACGGAGCAAUGUGGAGAGUGUGAAGCAUUCCUUCUCGCCGCUCCUUGCACCGUGCCUGAUAAAAGAUCGCGGUCUGGCUGGACCAAAGACGAUGGCCUUGGCAGUUCCCCAGAAUGUUCAUGCACAUGGCAUCCUGCCUCAUUUUGCUCGCAUGGAAGAUGUGCCUAGAAAGAGCAGGGCGGCUCCGAUGACUGGACAUGAAGUUAACAGCGAGUGGCAGCCGCAUCAACUCCAUGAUCACAAACAGAAAGACAAUCUGUGGUACAAGCCAGACAGAGGGAUGGGAACCUAG